AUGCCCCAUCCAAGUGCAGCUAAUGCAGAAGAAGAGGGCUAUGUUCUAGUACCCGUGAUGUACUACACAGUUCAUUUGUUGACCGAUGACGACGGUAAACCUUUGCUAUGGGAUCCGAAACAUGCUGCUGAGUACACUGCUAGAGGAACACAACUAGAGGCAGCUUACCGUGCAGCCGCCAACCGAUCAUCGAGUAAGGCUACGGAGUAUUAUCAUAGCGGAACACGAUUCCGAUUCGAGGGAGCCCAACGUGUGCCUGCCCAUCAAUCAUCGAGUAGGGCUGCUGAACACAAUAUUAGCGCAAUGCGACUCGACGAAGUCCAACGUGCAGCCAGCAAUCGAUCAUCGAAUCAGUCUGCUGAGCAAGGUGUUAGCGCCAUGCAACUCGACAACCAACCUCCAACCGCCACUCGAUCAUUGAUUUCAAAUGAUCGACAACACCAAAUCGAUCAACCACUACCUCUGUCAUAUACCUUCGAACAAAUCUCUUCCUGUGCUUCACAACCCACACCACAACAUCUGAAGAUACCCUCUCCAUCAGAUAGCACAAGAGUCAUCAAAGAAGAAGAAAUCCUUGUUUACUGUCCGCAAUGUCAUAAAGGCUUUACUAAAGUUUAUAAUCUCAAACGACAUCUUACUACCGUACAUAGAUCUAAGAAAGAACUUGGAGAGGCCGGUAAACUGUAUUUGUGCAAGUUGAACGGAUGUACAAAGGCUUAUAAGAACCCAUCGGAUGCAGCACGUCAUCGUAAAGUGUGCACAACAAGCAAAGAAGAUGCUGAGUAUAUCCAAACCUAUCUGGCAUCAGCGGGUUCUGCUUCAGUGGGUCCGCCCUCAAUGGGUUCGCCAUCAGCGAAAUGGCUAAAACCACAAUAUAGAGGAAAAUUAAACAAUCCAACUCUUCCAUGCAAGCAGUCUCCUGCUGAAAUGGCUUUAGAUCUUGUACCAGGUGAUGUUAGCCCUGGUCCUGGAUGGGAUGAACAUAUACACAUUCACUUUAGUAUCACCCACUCGGUCUAA